CGCCUUCUUCUUACAAACCGCGAUUUUUAAAAAAAUACUCUCCGGUUUUGAAGUGAAACAUUUUUUUUUUUCCCUUUACUACAAGACACAACAUCAUGGCAUCCAUCACAGACCCAAAGAUGAGCGAUAGGUUUGCCAGUGCAAUGGAGGAGAUCCACAAUAAACACCUUAAAAUGUAUUUGGACAUAACUGACACAACAGCAGAGCUUUCCCAGUCCCACAGACAGUUUGUGAAGACAACACUUGAUGCAUGUUUGAAGAAAUGUAAAGAUGAUGAGAAGCUCUUUGAAAAAAUACAGGAAUUCAAAAAAGACCUGGAACAAAAGAACAAGGUCUUAAAGGAAAAGCAGCAUGUCAUAUCUGAAGUGAUGUCUGAGGUUCAACAGAAGGAGAUGCAGAAAAAUAACAUUAUCCUGAACAUCGAGAAACUUAAAGAAGAACAAACCAAGAGAAAGGAGUUAAUCAAGUCGCAAAAUGAAGCCAACAAAAACAGACUGCGUAAUCUCCAAAAAGCCAGACUAAUGUUUCAGGAUCACUUGGGGUUGGAGAUACGAGCAGUCAUGGACAAGACACAGGUGGUCAAAAGUAAAAAGUUGCAGUUUGUCUUCCGAAACAUCAGCCCCUCUGAUCAGAACGACGCUUAUGUCAUCACAAUGGGAAUUAAAGAAGAUGGAUCGUACCAGAUUGUGUCCAGCGACCCAGUUCUUGACUGUUUGCCGGUCUUGGAAAGCCGGCUUCAGGAGACCAAUAAUUUACCAGCAUUCCUGGCAAAUGUCAGGAAGGAGUUUAUCUCUAAGGCACGCUGCUGAGCCGCCACUUCCUGUAAAAACCUGUUGUGACGUGUUCACUGUUGACUGAAGGCAA